AUGGCAUUGGAUAUGCUGUCAAUACCUGCGAUGAGCGAUGAGCCUGAACGCUUGUUCAGCCGAUUAGGUCAUAUGGUGACUAAGCACCGCAACCACCUGAAGCCUCAAACGAUCCAAGCGACUCAAUGCUUGCAAUCAUGGGCUAAGGCUAAGAUUAUAGAUUUAAAGGCCUCAGGUGGAUCAAUCCGGAUAAUCCUAGUGGAUUAUCCAGAUCCGCCAAGAGACCCACUUGGGAGUCGGAUCGCUGAUCCGAUCCAUCCAAUCAGCACACUGGGUGCGCUCGGUCUUGAACAGUCAGCCGCUACAGCACUUACCAACUUCUUCCAGGCUUGGAGCUAUGUUACUCCUGUUUUGGGAGCCAUUUGCGCCGAUCAAUGGCUUGGAAAAUACAACACCAUCGUUUUGUUCGCAUCGUUUUAUACUGUGGGUCUCCUCAUAUUGUUUGUUACCUCCCUACCUGCCUCUAUUGAAGCCGGCUAUGCAUUUGGCGGGCUCGUUGUCUCCAUGCUUGUAAUCGGACUCGGGGCUGGAGGAAUCAAGAGCAAUGUGUCUCCCCUUAUCGCGGAACAAUACCAGGAGACAACGCAGAGGAUCAAGAUAUUGCCUUCUGGAGAGCGAGUCAUUGUCGACCCUUCGCUCACGAUUCAGCGCAUAUACAUGAUAUUCUACAUGUGCAUUAAUAUCGGCUGUUUGUCCGGUCUGGCAACAACAACCUUGGAGCUGCACAUUGGCUUCUGGAGUGCGUACUUGCUUCCUUUCUUGAUGUUCUGUGUCGGUUUCGUGAUUCUCGUCGGAGGUAGAAAAAACUAUGUCUUGAAGCCUCCAAAAGGGUCGGUCGUUGUUCAUGCAUUCAAAGCUAGUUGGAUCGGUCUGAGGCACAAGCAAGGGUUAGACGGCGCAAAACCAUCUUUACGGAAAAAGAUACGACACUCGAGCGAACUGCCUUGGGACGAUGAAUUCGUCGACGAACUCAAGCGCGCGCUGGUCGCGUGCAAGGUGUUUGUUGCCUUUCCAGUGUUCUGGCUCCUAUUCCAACAAAUGCUCAACAACUUUGUUUCCCAAGCCGGUACUAUGGAAUUACAUGGUAUACCGAACGAUAUCAUGCAGAACAUAGAUGCCUUUUCGAUCCUUAUAUUCAUACCUAUAUGUGAUCGACUCCUCUAUCCAGGCCUGCGCAAAGUAGGCAUCCAGUUCAAGCCAAUAACAAGAAUUGCGUGGGGGUUUCUCAUUGUCACUUUGGGCAUGCUUUAUGCUGUGUUUGUUCAGAAGGCUAUCUAUAAUGCUGGCCCUUGUUUCGACCAUCCUCUCAAAUGCGAAGCAGCCAAACUUCCCGACGGCAAAGUUGAGCACAAUCAUGUUCAUGUUGCCGUACAGACCCCAGCAUACAUUCUGAUCGCUUUAGGUGAGAUCUUCGCCAGUAUUACUGGGUUGGAGUACGCGUACACCAAGGCGCCAGCCUCAAUGAAGUCUUUCAUUAUGGCUAUGUAUCUUCUCACAAGUGCAGGUGGAGCACUUCUAGGAGCUCUGAUAGCACCGCUUGCGAAGGACCCGAACCUGCCAAACUUCUACCUUGGGCUCACCGUGCUUAGCGGUAUCACGGGUGUUAUCUUUUGGAUGAAGUUCAAAAAAUACAAUGCCUUGGAGGACAGCAUGGACAACCUCAUUUCUAGCUCAGAGAGAGGCGUUCACAUGACCCAAAUGCUGAAGGAACCCUCCUCCAGGACUUCUUCAGAUAGCGACCUCAAGAAUCUGGUCUCAUGUGAAGCAAAUUCAUCGAACGAUGGGAAAGGAAACAUAGUACAACAAAGUGCGAUCCCCGCAAACUAAAAAGACAUUUUUUAUUGAGGUCUGCUGGAUUAUUAAGAUUAAAGACUUGGAAUGUUUGUGAUAUAGGCUUCAAGUACGCGAAGGGCUGAGGACUAAACAAAGACAGCGGUCCGUUUGUACGUACUCCCAGUCUUCGACUUCAGAACAGUCACCUCGAUUCGAGGAGUGUUUUUAGGCCUCUUUAUCCCUCUUGAAUACGUGUCAUAGGUCGAUACUUACUAGUAUUAAAUCCACUCUGCU